AAUUAUGUCAAAAACAGCUGAUUUUGUUUUGCCUCACCGGUUGCUACGAGCUAACAAACAUGCAUUUUUAUAUUCAGUCCAUCCAAUUUCCAUGAUUAUAUCUUAAAAUAAACAUGUCUGCAGAAUCAUCAAACGCUAAACCUUCGAAGAUAUGUGAAUUAUGCAAAGUAAAUACAAGCAAAUAUUGCUGCCCACGUUGUGAGGUGCUUUAUUGCUCCCUCGACUGUUAUAAGUCGGAGGCGCACGCAUCUUGCUCGGAAGAUUUUUACAGAGAUUGUGUUAAUGAAGAGCUCACUUCACAACACACAGAUGAAGAAUCCAAACGCAAAAUGUUGGAAAUCCUUAAAAAAAUUAAUGGAGAACACAACUUUGAUGAGAUAGAGGACUUAGAAUUUGAUAAUGAGGAAAUUGAUUCUGAUGACAAUGUAGAAGAUGAUUUACAUGAACGUAUCAAAGAUAUAAAUUUGGAUGAUGCUGAUUCUGUGUGGAACGUUCUCACUGAAGAUGAGAGGAAUGAAUUUGAAGCAUUGUUGAAUCGUGGCGAUGUAGGCAGUAUCCUACCGCAGUGGGAACCCUGGUGGACAUACAGUAAGGAUGCUCGGCUUGUGCAAGACUUAGAAGACAACGAGGAAAAGGAAGUUUUGAAGAAGUGUCCUUCACUGGUCAAAGUGCCAAAAUUCAGUACAUUAACCACCAUAGAACCCUCACCAGCAAUAAGAUACAACAUCACAAAUGUAUUGUCUUCAUAUGCCUUCAUCAUGAGAUACUUCAAUGGAGAACUAGAUCCUGUGGAAGGAACCACAUAUCUCCUCAAUACUUGUGACAACUUGGACAACAAUGCCAACUUCGAAGAUCCUGCUACGGCUGUGGAAUCAGUCGCACAACGGUGCCUCUUGAGCAACUUAAUAGAGACAGAUGAAGGAAGCCUUCAGAUUAUGAAACGGGACACAUUCUUCAUUUUACAAGGUCCUAGUGAAGAAAACAAGCUGCACUACUGUCGUGCUGCCCUCUCCCAUCUGCUCACAUUACUUCAAAAGGCGAGGUCAUCAAAUAAAUGCUCGAAAAUACACGAACAACCAACAAAGAUGCCGAAAAUCGGCGAUGAACCUACAAAACCACCAAAAAUGUAUGAAAAACCAACAAAGUUACCGAAAAUUGGCGAGAAACUACCGAAAAUUAAUGCAAAACCCAAAGAAAGUUCGGCAGAAACUUCGACAUCAAAUUUAAAAGGUAACAAGGCAUUUUCGAAGAAAUUCCUUGAUCAGAGAGGUGACUAUCUGCCACUGUUAGAUGCAAGGAAAUUGAAGAAAUGCAUAAAGAAAGUGGAAUUUUAUUUGUCAUUUAUUGAAAGUCAUGGCAUGGAAUUCGAAAUGUAAUAAAAUAAUUAACUACGA